GAAGUGGAACCUUCCUAGGCUGAGGCUGUCUUCCCUCCCAUCAGGAGGCAAGCACGAGUGCUGAGGAGGAAAACUUUGCCCUUGGCACGAGACACAUCCCACCCAGCAAGGCACUGAGGCCACCAAGGGGCACCCAGCGCUGUGGGGUGUGGGGUGAGAUGGGGCCGUAUGUGUGCCCAGCAGCUGGGGUUGUGGGAAUUAUCUGUUCCUGUCUACAGGCAAAGGAAGCCUUCCUCCUGCCUUCACCACUUCUGAGAAAGUCCCCCUACGCACUCCUUCCAGGGCCUGGGGAAGACAGGCUAAGAAUUCCUGCCCCAGGGCUUGGAGAUCCCUGGACAGGGAGGCUGAGUUGGAGGCUGCCAAGGCUUCCCAUAUGCCCUGUGUGCCCAGGACUACUGAUUUUUCAUUUCCAAAUUUGCAGCCACUGCCUCUGCUCAGCUGUCCAGCUGCUCCCCUCCCUGGGAGCCCCAGGAGGCCUCCAUGGCUUCACCCCUCUCCACGAACCCAGCACACACCCACUUUGAGAGCUUCCUGCAGGCCCAGCUGUGCCAGGACGUGCUGAACAGCUUCCGGGGACUAUGUGGGGCCCUGGAGCUGGAGCCUGGUGCGGGGCUGCCCCAGUACCACAAGAUCAAGGCUCAGCUCAACUACUGGAGCGCCAAGUCACUGUGGGCCAAGCUGGACAAGCGAGCGGGCCAGCCUGUCUACCAGCAAGGCCGGGCCUGCACCAGCACCAAGUGCCUGGUGGUGGGUGCUGGACCUUGCGGGCUGCGGGCCGCUGUGGAGCUGGCACUGCUGGGGGCCCGUGUGGUGCUGGUGGAAAAGCGCACCAAGUUCUCCCGCCACAACGUGCUCCACCUCUGGCCCUUCACCAUCCAUGACCUGAGGGCACUUGGUGCCAAGAAGUUCUAUGGACGCUUCUGCACUGGCACCCUGGACCACAUCAGCAUCCGGCAGCUCCAGCUGCUUCUGCUGAAGGUGGCAUUACUGCUGGGGGUGGAAAUUCACUGGGGUGUCACUUUCACUGGCCUCCAGCCCCCUCCCAGAAAGGGGAGUGGCUGGCAUGCCCAGCUCCAGCCCAACCCCCCCACCCAGCUGGCCAACUAUGAAUUCGAUGUCCUCAUCUCGGCUGCAGGAGGUAAAUUCGUCCCUGAAGGCUUCAAAGUUCGAGAAAUGCGAGGCAAAUUGGCUAUUGGCAUCACAGUCAACUUUGUGAACAGGCGCACCGUGGAGGAGACGCAGGUGCCAGAGAUCAGCGGUGUGGCCAGGAUCUACAACCAGAGCUUCUUCCAGAGCCUGCUCAAAGCCACAGGCAUUGAUCUAGAAAACAUCGUGUACUACAAGGAUGACACCCACUAUUUUGUGAUGACAGCCAAGAAGCAGUGCCUGCUGCGGCUGGGAGUGCUGCGUCAGGACUGGCCGGAGACUGAUCGGCUGCUGGGCAGUGCCAAUGUAGUGCCCGAAGCUCUGCAGCGCUUUGCCCGGGCAGCUGCUGACUUCGCCACCCAUGGCAAGCUUGGAAAACUAGAGUUUGCCCGGGAUGCCCAUGGGCAGCCUGACGUCUCUGCCUUUGACUUCACAAGCAUGAUGCGGGCGGAAAGUUCUGCUCGUGUGCAAGAGAAACAUGGCGCCCGCCUGCUGCUGGGACUGGUGGGGGACUGCCUGGUGGAGCCCUUCUGGCCCCUGGGCACUGGAGUGGCCCGGGGCUUCCUGGCAGCCUUUGAUGCAGCCUGGAUGGUGAAGCGGUGGGCAGAGGGCGCUGGGCCCCUAGAGGUGUUGGCCGAGCGUGAGAGCCUGUACCAGCUUCUGUCACAGACAUCCCCGGAAAACAUGCAUCGCAAUGUGGCCCAGUAUGGGCUGGACCCAGCCACCCGCUACCCCAACCUGAACCUCCGAGCUGUGACCCCCAAUCAGGUACGAGACCUGUAUGACGUGCUGGCCAAGGAGCCUGUGCGGAAGAAGAGCGACAAGACAGACACAGGGAGACCGGCCACUGGGUCGGCGGGCACCCAGGAGGAGCUGCUGCGCUGGUGCCAGGAGCAGACAGCUGGGUACCCAGGAGUCCAUGUCACUGACCUGUCUUCCUCCUGGGCUGACGGGCUAGCUCUGUGUGCCCUGGUGCACCGGCUGCGGCCUGGCCUGCUGGAACCCUCAGAGCUGCAGGGCAUGGGGGCUCUGGAAGCCACUGCCUGGGCACUGAAGGUGGCAGAGCACGAGCUGGGCAUCACACCAGUGGUAUCUGCACAGGCAGUGGUGGCAGGGAGUGACCCACUGGGCCUUAUCGCCUACCUCAGCCACUUCCACAGUGCCUUCAAGAGUACACCCCACAGCCCAGGCCCUGCUGCCCAAGCCUCUCCGGGAACCUCCAGUGCUGUAUUGUUCCUUGGCAAACUUCAGAGGACUCUUCAACGGACCAGGGCCAAGGAAAAUGGGGAGGAUGCUGGUGGCAAGAAGCCUCGCUUGGAGGUAGAGGCCGAGACCCCAAGUACUGAGGAACUACCUGUCCCUGAGCCUGGUAGACCCCUGACACCCCCAUCUCAACACCAGGAGGCUGGUGCUGGGGACCUGUGUGCACUUUGUGGAGAACAACUCUAUAUCCUAGAACGCCUCUGUGCCGACGGCCGUUUCUUCCACCGGAGCUGCUUCCGUUGCCAUACCUGUGAGGCCACACUGUGGCCAAGUGGCUACGGGCGGCACCCAGAAGAUGGACGUUUCUACUGCCUCCAGCACCUGCCCCAGCCAGACCACAAAGAGGAUGGCAGCGACGGAGGCCCUCAGAGUCCGGAGCUUCCGACACUAGGUGAGAUUAAUAUGCCACCAGGCCCCCCAACUCCCAGAGCCUCGCAGGAGGGGGCCAGCCCUGUUCCAAGCCCCAGCCAGCCCACCCGUCGGUUGAUCCGCCUCCCCAGCCCGGAACGCCAGCGGUUGUCCUCCCUCAACCUUACCCCUGAUGAGGAAAUGGAGCCGCCACCCAAGCCCCCCCGCAGCUGCUCUGCCUUGGCCCGCCAGGCCCUGGAGGGCAGCUUUGUGGGCUGGGGCAUGCCAGUCCAGACACCUCAAGUUCUUGUGGCCAUGGAGGAGGAAGAAGAGAGCCCUUCCUCCAGUGAAGAAGAAGAUGAAGGGGAGGAAGAUGUGCCUUUAGACUCAGACAUGGAACAAGCCCUGCUGACCUUCGCCAAGACCUCAGGCACCAUGAAUAAGUACCCAACGUGGCGUCGGACUCUGCUGCGCCGUGCUAGGGAAGAGGAGAUGAAGAGGUUCUGCAAGGCCCAGGCCAUCCAGCGGCGACUAAAUGAGAUUGAGGCUGCUCUGAGGGAACUGGAGGCCGAGGGCAUGAAGCUGGAGCAGGCCCUAAGGAGCCAGAGCAGUUCCCCAGAACAGCAAAAGGAACUGUGGGUAGAACAGCUGCUACAGCUUGUUCGGAAGAAAAACAACUUGGUGGCUGAGGAGGCUGAGCUCAUGAUCACGGUACAGGAGCUGAACCUGGAGGAGAAGCAGUGGCAGCUGGACCAGGAGCUACGCAGCUACAUGAACCGGGAAGAAACCCUAAAGACAGCUGCCGAUCAGCAGGCUGAGGACCAGGUCCUGAGGAAACUGGUGGAGGUGGUGAACCAGCGAGAUGCCCUCAUUCGCUUCCGGGAAGAGCGCAGGCUCAGUGAGCUGGCCCUGGGGACAGGGGCCCAAGGCUAGAAGAGGAUGGGCUGCCUG